AGUGAAUGCAGUGAAUGCGAUCGAGAAUCGAGGCGUUUUUAUUACCACAGUUGGAAAGCAACAAUAUUGUGCACAGUGUUUGGUAUAACCGUGUGAUUCGCUCUCGACAUUCUCGCUCGUAAAUACGUGAAAUUAAGAGAUAGAUUGUUUAAACGCGUGACUGAAUACAAACUAAAAGCGUGAAACAUUCAAAUUAAAUUCUUCAUCGUCAUAUGUGACGAGAGAACCGGUGUGCGAGCUCAGAAAUGGCAGCGCUCUUCGACAUCGAGCUGCACGACGUGGACAGCGUUAACAGAGAAGAAUCCGACGACGAUGUCAUUGAGAUUGGCGAGAUCGAAUACGACACGAAUCCAAAUGUCAACGAAAUAAUCGAAGCCGAUGGCGUUGAGGCUGUCCCUAUUUCGGAGCAAAAUGUUAACCGUGGUAGAGAACGCGCUGGUCCUGAGGACUUUGAAUUGUGCAAAGUCAUUGGCAAAGGCGGCUACGGAAAAGUCUUCCAGGUCCGAAAAGUUACGGGCAACGAUGCGGGUACCAUUUUUGCCAUGAAGGUCCUGCGAAAAGCAUCGAUAAUACGAAAUCAAAAGGAUACGGCGCACACCAAAGCGGAAAGAAAUAUUUUAGAGGCUGUAAAGCAUCCUUUUAUCGUCGAUCUCAUGUACGCCUUCCAAACGGGUGGUAAAUUAUACCUUAUUUUGGAAUACAUGUGCGGUGGUGAGCUAUUUCGUCAUCUCAAUGAUGAAGGAAUUUUCCUAGAAGAAACAGCCUGUUUCUACCUCUCCGAGAUUAUACUCGCUCUACAGCACCUUCAUCUUCAAGGAAUUAUAUACAGGGAUUUAAAACCAGAAAACAUUCUUUUGGAUGCUGAAGGUCAUAUCAAACUUACGGACUUUGGAUUGUGCAAGGAACACAUACAGGAAGGCUCGGUGACUCAUACAUUUUGUGGCACGAUCGAGUACAUGGCUCCAGAAAUUUUGACCCGAAGCGGACACGGCAAAGCCGUUGACUGGUGGUCUCUGGGAACUUUAAUGUACGACAUGCUCACCGGCUCGCCUCCGUUCACUUCGAAUAAUCGAAAAAGAACGAUCGAAAAAAUUCUCAUGUGCAAACUCAAUCUUCCACCCUACUUGACCUCGGACGCUCGGGACUUGAUCCGCAAGUUGCUCAAGAGACAAGUCGCUCAGAGAUUGGGUUCUGCCUCAUCGGACGCUGAACAGAUUAAAAAUCAUGCGUUCUUCAAGCACAUCAAUUGGCAAGAUGUGAUAUCACGAAAAUUAGAGCCACCCUUCAAGCCAACAUUGACGAGCGAAGACGAUGUUUCUCAGUUCGAUAAAAAAUUCACUGCCUCCUCGCCGGUCGACUCGCCACCGGAGUACACCCUCAGCGAAUCAGCCAAUCUGAUUUUCCAGGGUUUCACGUACGUUGCUCCGAGUAUUCUGGAAGAUAUGAGCGGACCACCUCACGUGCCAAUGGCCCGAAGUCCACGUAGAACUAAUAUGAGGAGUUUUUCACCUCGUGGUCACCCCCGUUUCCAUCACCAUCAUCAUCACUAUCACCAUCCCAGGCAUAACGGCGUGGCACACAAUGGGAUAGAGGACGCGGAGAUGAUAGAGAUAAUUUAAAUAGAAAAGAAAGCAAAGAAAAAGAAGACGACAAAGAAGAAUGGCUCUAUAGGCCUCUCAGAGGUUUUUAGAGCACUUCCGGUCGCGACUGUUGUCGGGGGUGCGUUCAAGUGUUUCCCGAUUAUCGGGAACUCGUAGGCACAAAUCUAAUCACGAUUCGCUCGGCCAGUUGCGUUAGCUAAUUUUCUUCCUUUUAUCGUUUCGUUUUAUUUUAUUUUUAAACAUUUAUGAAAACUUUAAAGAAUUAAUUCGCAGAGCGAUCCGUUUGCUUCCGGUGUGACAGCGUUUCGAUAGUGCAGCUGGCAGGGAGGGUGAUGAAAAUGAAAAGCGUGAAAGGGAGAGGCCUAACAUGAGAAAAGGGUCCCUACGGCUCGUCUUCUAUAAGCCUAUCGAUUGACAAACGCAAACACGCACACCGGAAGCAUACCGCCCUCGUCGCUGUCUUCGUUGGAAACGGUUAUUUUUCGUCAUCAAUUUUGUUUUUCUCUACUUUUUCUUUCUCUUUUUACAAACGAACUAGAUAAUUUAUGAUAAACUACUACGUUUACGUACCGCUAUUUACUACUGCGACUAAUUGACGUCUACGAUUAAAUGAAGAUGGAAAACGCGAAUAUAUUGGGCCAAGUUUUGGUUGAUUUACUGAAUUUCUCGAAUCCAAUUGUCUCUCGUCUGGAGCAAAACUUCUUUGAGAGCUCCACUAGAAUUUAUAUCGACGUUCAUAGGUUUUGUAUGAUAUGUACAUACUGACAGCGUGUUUUUUGACGCAUUCUUCAACGAGAAAAACAAAAAAAUACAACCAAAAACCAAAAAAAAAACGCAAUAAUCAGCAUUUAUUGAAAAACAAGUGCAAGACUAAAGAAUUAAAUGUUUUUUGUUUUAUUUUUUUUCUCAUUAUCGUUUUCAUUUAUGAAAACUAGUUUCGUCGGGGAUUACUUAGCCAAAUAAAAACGCCCGCGACGUUAUACUAGAGUGGUGUGUCAAUGUCAAUUCACACACACACACACACACACACACACACACACACACACACACACACACACACACACACACACACACACACACACACACACACACACACACACACACACACACACACACACACACACACACACACACACACACACACACACACACACACACACACACACACACACACACACACACACACACACACACACACUCGACCGAAUCCAAAACUGCCCAAGUGUUCAAACCAUUUUUGUCGCGUAGAUUUAAGGCCAUCUACAGGCCCUCGGAAUAUAUUCAAUAAUCUUUUACAUACGACGAAAAAAAUGAAGCAAAACAAAACAUAACGAAGAAACAGCAAAUCUUAUUCCUUCGUGAUCGAGACGUGUGCUUAAACGAUAUAAUAUUAUUAUUAUUACAUAUAUAUACAAUUAUUAUAUUUGACUUAAUUCUUAAGAUAUUCUCUUAUUGAGAUGAGAAAAAGGGGAAAAAACAAAAAAUAACGAACGGAAUGAACAAAUCGACAAAUUUUAGGUGCGAAAAAAUCAUUCACAAUAUUGUGCGGAACGCAAGGCUUUUAAGCUCGUUUCCAUGAAAUUCGAUUCAGAACUGAUAGAGUAUGGAUAUCAAAUAUGAGAAUUAGAAAUAAAAAUGAAAGCAGAAAUAUGAUGUUUUAUGAAGAAGAGAAAAUGGAAACGUACAUAAAAAUGUUUCUUUGACUACGAAAAUUCUUCAAACCGAAUAAAAUGACUGUUAAAAAUCCUACGUUCCAUCAGUUUUUUUAUCGAAUUUCUAACUAAAUGAUGUCAAGCCGAAUAUAGUGCCUAACGCAAUGUUGAUUUGGACGAUAAAUGAUGGAAGGGAAAGGGAAAAAUGAAAAAUAUGUUCGUCGUGACUUCGUAAUUGACUCAAAGAUUUAUUAUAAGUCUCUCCGAGCUUGCCAUAAGUUAUCGUCAACGAUGUAUCGACUCGCCAAGCUUAAAAGACCCUCGUUAAACUUCAAUAAUGUUUAUUCGCGGGACUAUAAAUUCGAAUGAUAAGGGAAAUACGAUCGAGCGAGUAAAAAAGAAAUAAAACAGCGUACAUGAAUGAAUUCAGGAAUUAAAAAAAAAAAACAGAAAAUCACGUCGAGAGUAUCUCGAGCUAUACGAAACGUAGUGUCAUCAUGUAAUUAUAGGCGGUAUAGGUAAAAGAGGAUUAAAAUAAUAAACUGAAACUAACUGAAGAAAAAAAAAACGAAAAAAAAAAACAAAAAAUAUGAUAGCUAGACACACGAAUGAUUUAGAUAAGAUAAAUGUAGAUUCGAUUCGUGCGUUUCAUCAAUUUAACGUGUGAGACUUGAACGCGCGAGAGUGCGCAGAAUAGAAAAAAAGAGAAACCUUCGAAUUAGGCAACUUUUCCAAAACUUUCGAGACAUCCUCAUUUUUUUCCGAAGAAUUUAAAUUUUUUUAUAAAAUGUUGUUCGAGACGUGAACAUGCAACAUUGACGAGUGAGGGGAUGAGCACCGGUCCUUUUAUUGUGAGAGAUCAACGAUGAGGAAUUUCUGGCAAAUUUUUGAAGAAUUAUUGAAAUACGUGACAUUUGUAAAGAGCGUUGAAAAAAUCAUUCGAUCGCGGUAAUACGUUUCAAAGACAAGCGUAUAAAAAACGACUCAGCAAUAAGCGCUAUGAAAUUUUGUGGAUUGCGCGCCUGUUCGUGCUUAUUUUUCCUGUACGUGUAUAUGUGGCGCGUGUUUGCGUGAGUAUACAUGCGUAAGUGCAAAUGUAAGUGUGUUCGUGUACAGACGACGAGGAGGGAAAAAACUACUCGUAAUAACAAUAACGCAUUCGAAUAAAUCCGAACGUUCUAACUACCGAAAAUAAUAAUAAUAAUAAUAAUAAUAAUAAUGAAUUAAAGUAACAAUAAUUGAAAAUGAAACAAGAUAUAUUCACUGCCAAGAAUGAUAAUCAGGAAAAUUAGACAAAUGUGCUCUACCACGAAAACUUUUUACUUUCCACAAUAUAUAUAUAUACACAUAUAGUAUGUAUAAAUCUAUAUCGAAGACACGGAAGAAAAAAGAAAGAAAAAAUAGGGGUCUCAGUAAAUUGUUUUUUCUAUUCUCAUCUUUUAUUCGCUUUACCAGUGCCGUUUAGAAAACAAAGCCGAGUCUCUUGAUACAAAACAACAAUGUAUUGAAAGAAAUUCGAGAAUGAGAUGUAACGACGAAUUACGAGACACAAACGUGGCUUAAGCUUCCAAUUAGAGGUUAGAUAUUUUUCCCACUCGACUUCGACCUUCGACGACUCGUCGAUGCGCUUGUUGUUUAUAUAUUCCCGGGGGAUUCGUUCGAAAAACACGUGCGAGAGUCGUCUAAUUCAACGGCGAAAUUUCUGUAAUCCUGAAUUGUGUUUCGCGAUUUGUGAAAACGUAUCCAUCAAAUUAUCUUUGUCACUCGUCCGUUUACAUAGUUUAACUGAUUCAUAGUUACCAAUCUUCAAAUCUUCUCACUUAUUGUAUUUAUUUUUUUUCCACAUUCGAAUGACACAAAAACACACUGAUCAUGUUCAUUUUGAUGAAAAAAAGAAAGAAAAAAACAUAGUUUGCGAUGUAAGUAGAGUACAGAACUAUUUUAAAUAAAAUAUCCAUAUCGCGUUGUAA